UUAUAUGCGGAUUUGGUUGCUCCAGAAAUGAAAACGUCACUUUUCACGGAAACCUGGAUGAAUGGUCCGAAUGAUUUCGAUUCUGAAUGUUCAUCGAAAUACACGGUCAACAAUAUCGAAUCGCUGAAUGUGGAUGGCAAUCAGUUCAAGAAUAGCAAAGAUCAUUCAAAAUGGGCGAUCAGUGUUGAUGAAAAAGAGCCAUUGUUAUGCAUCGGUGAUAUAAAUCGUCAAAAAUCACAAAUGAAGCGUGGUGGUGGAACAGUGUGUAUUCUUAAUGAUCGAUUGUGGGGACUUUAUAACAAAACGAUUGUCAACGUUCAACCGUGUCAAAUCAAUUAA